CCUUCAAGGGACAGAAUGUGCGACGCAAAUCAUAUAUAAUGCCAUUCAUGCAAAAUGUUUGAAAUCCCCUAGACAUGUCUGUGUUGUUUCAACGACAUGAUCUUGUGAAUCUGAUCAGUGAAUAACUUAUGUCUCUUAGCCCACGUGCGUCUACCGAGAGUCUUCAUGUGACGCAGAACUGUCUAGCAUAGCAAACCUUUUAGAUUCAAAUAGUGUGGGGGUUCACGACCUUCCAGUCGCUGAAACCACAAAGAACCCCUUACUCAGCAAUUAGUUCACUAUAACAAGUUAUUGAAUGGCGCCAAAGCUGAAAUCUCGAAAGAGUGAGGACGGAAAGGAGACUACCAGUGAGGAUUUAAUGUUUAUCGAUCCAUCUCCAACUGACAUGGAGAUGCAGGAUGCGUCACAAGAGGCUGCCUCACCUCUUACUCAAGUGACUGUACCACUGGCUGGUUUCCAGAAAAGUUCUCAGUCUUCCGAUACGCUCAGCCAUCCAUCUUCGCAUACCUUAAGUCAUGGAUUACCACCUGCUCAGAUACGCAUUUCACGUAGACCAUCUGUACCAAGUCGCUCUUCCUCUCCCUCGUCCUCGGUAGUGGACAUUACAAAGCGUCCGUCAGACUAUAGCUCCGACGAUGAACACGUUAGCUCACCGCCCGGCUACAUUCGCCAUCCAGGUCCUACUCGACGUCAGUCCGAUACUAAUGAUUGGCCGCAUGGAGUGCUCAGUGGUGGCGUACUGAUUCGUUUUUUGGAGGACUUGUCGCGUAGCUCUCGACGCGACCACUGGCAGGUCUGUACCUGGCUGGAAAAUUUUGCUGCGCGCUUCGGUCGCUUCCACAACCUCGAUGGCCUCGUCGUGACGAACGCACAAGACAUGCACAUGCUUAUGCUAGCACACAAGGUGUGGCUCGAAACAAAAAGCAUACCAGCCGAGGGAGACAUCUUCUGGGUGCCGGGAUUAGAGCCAGCAGGAGAUGUCGAUCCGGACUGGGAAGCCAAGGCAAAGAAUAAUCUUCCCAAACUAUCUAGCACACACAGCCAGAAGCAUUGGAUGGCAGGAGAAGCACAAUAUCUGCACGGUACUUCAACAGAGCGGCCUAGAAAGGGAAAUAUGGUUUGCGAGAGAUGGAUUGACGGCAUGGGGUGGGAGAGGGAGAUUUGGCAAGCAUGAAGAACGUCAGAUUUCACUCUAUGUCUAGGUCCUGCUCUCACACGACUGGUUCAGUGAUCUGCAUGCUGAGAGCCAUAGCAUAUCAAGCGUGUUUACAAUGAACAAGACAUAUUGUCAGAAUGAACGAGGUUUUGGUGCAAACGAAAAGUGAUGUCGAGGAAUAGUGGGCAGCAUGCUAGGGAGGUGCGAUAAUAUGACGUCA